UAUAUACUUAGACUAUAUCACAAUGUUUUUGAAUGAUUUGCACUGAAUAUUACGAUGGCAAGCGAGGAUAUUUCACAGUUCUUUGAAGGUCAUCACGAGGUGGAGGAGUGCGAGCCAGACGAUACAGGUGAGAGAGAAAACAACACCAACACCAGGUGGACAAGGUGUGCCAAGAACCCAGGUCACGUCGACUUUAUUCCCAUCAAAGACUUUUCUUUAAGUCACCUACCUGCUGGUUUCCAAGACUACGACUUGUACCGUCUGAUUAAAGGCUUCGCUGAUCUGACAGUCAGGAUUAACGUUAAGUUUACAAGUUUGAAAAGACCGAAACUUUUAAUAGGGACGAAAACUCCUUACCCCUGCUACAACUUGAGAGGAAGUAGUUUAAUGAGGACUGGGACGGGGAAAAUUUGGCGAAAAAUUGAAAUGUUUAAGGAUCAAAAUGAUAAAACCUGCCCAUGUCCUGUUUGUGUUAAGUCUAGCGAACCCAGCAAAACCUGGGCCAGGGUCUAUGUAGCGACAGCAACACAUGUGUUGUAUGACGACACAGAGGUCGAGAAAUGCGAGUGUGCUGUUGGGUACGAUGACGUCACAGGUCCGAAAGAAACUCUGCGCGGGUGGUGCAUGGACGCGCCAGGCGACAGCAGCGACAUGACCUACUUUUCAUGCGUGACCCACGACCUUGACCUAGCCGAGACCCUGGAGAAAACCCGGUUCGUGAGCGAUGACCUGUGGGUGAGGAUGUGGAUGCGGUACGGCAACCCGUUGAGCACUGGUCAGCACAUUACUGCCGUGCAACUCCUGGGGGACCUGUUCAAGCUGGUGGUACAACACAACAACUCGCCCAGCCAGCUCGCUUCUUGUACGUCCGCGCAGCAGGAGAGCCCUAAAGAUGACAAGUUCAUGUUUGUGGUCUCCCACCCACACGGCUACUUCAAGCAUGUGUCGGUGGGCCGGUGGGUCCACAGACAGGAAGUAUUAAGGGACGGCACCAAGUACACCUACACGUCUGCUACCUGCCCUGGCAGCAGUGGUGCCAUCAUUUACAGGCUGGGGUGUAACUGGUCUCUGCACCCUCACAGUGGUUCUAAUAAAUCGUUUAACUUCAGUGGGAUUGGAUUAGGGUAAAUGGGUUUUAAGAUGAUGGGGGGGGGGG